UCGAUUCCGGGGAGUGGCGGAAAAAAAUAUUUUAGGGUUUAUCGAUGGAGCAGCUCGUCACACAGGUCCAAGGGCUGUCUGGAAGCGCGGAUGAUCUCGGCCAGCUUCUCGUCCUCCUGCGCCAGAACGAUGACGCGAUGCGAUCCCAGGGCGCGCGAUUGCAGCCGGCGCUCCACGCCUUGGAUCCUGCCAAGCAUUCCCUCGGCUUCCUUUUCAUUCUGGAUGGGAGAUGGUCUGCCGGGCCCUCGAGAGAGGAGGCCGAGAAUUUCCUCAUGUCCGUGACGAACUUUAUCACGGUUUGUUCGCCCGAGCAGAUUCGCUACUGCCCGGAUAAAUUCAAUUCCCUGUGCCGGAAGCUAAGGGAACACGCGAUGAACAUGCACAGGCCCAUUCGUGCUGUUCUUCCACUCCAAGUCGCCAUCAGGAAGUUCCAGCCAUCCUCCGAGUACUUGACGCCCAUUCAUGCGGAUUUUUUGCUCGUGUGUUUGCUCUCCAAGUGCUACAAGGCUGCUGCUCCGAUCCUGGAGGACCAGAUCUUUGAGAUAGACCCCAAGAAGACCGGGCUUGUUCCCAAAGACUACUUGCUCUACUGCUACUACGGCGGCAUGGUACAAAUCGGCUUGAAGAAUUUCUUGCGAGCCAUGGAGUUACUGCAGCAUGCCUUCACAGCUCCUGCUCACGUGAUGAAUGCCAUAGCAGUGGAGGCAUACAAGAAGUACGUACUGGUGUGCCUGAUUCACAACGGUCAGGUGCCUCCCUUCCCAAAGUACACGCCCUCCAUCGUCCAGAGGAAUUUGAAAGGAUGCUGUCAGGGCUAUAUAGAGUUGGUUACUGUGUACAACAAUCGCAACAUCACGGAUCUCCAACGCUGCCUUACCAGUCACGAAGAAGCCUUUAGAAAUGACAAGAACUUGGGUUUGGCGAAGCAAGUGGUGGCAUCCCUUUACAAGAGGAACAUACAAAGACUUACUCAAACGUACCUCACCCUGUCUUUACAAGACAUCGCACAGACUGUUCAGCUGGAGAGCGCCAAGGAUGCCGAGCUGCACGUCCUUCAAAUGAUACAAGAUGGAGAGAUUUUUGCCACUAUAAAUCAAAAGGAUGGGAUGGUUCGCUUCCAAGAGGACUCGGAGCAGUACAAGACGCGGGAGAUGAGCCAGCGUCUUCAUUCCGAAAUCCAGAAGGUGAUCAGGCUAGCGAAGAAGCUGACGGCUGUAGACGAGCAAGUGUCUUGUGAUCAGGCCUUCCUCAGCAAAGUAGGAAGAGAACGGACGCGCUAUGACAGUGACGACUUUGAGCUGGUGCCACAAAAGGCCUUCUCUAAUUUUUAGGCAGAAAUUGUAAUCGAUCAAAUCUAAUGGUUUCUUAGCUCCAUACUCGAAGCACAGGCCUUGACGUUCCCGCA